GGGAAGCAGGGUCCUGUCCGCAGAGUGCAUCUAUACAUGCCACCGCCGCCACCAGCGAGGGCCAUCCUGGGCCCCCUGAUGGUGUACAGACCCUCCUUGCCUCGGUCAGGAGGCGUGCACACCAUGCGUUGGCCCAGGAAUGCCCUGGCCAGACACGGUGGUGGUGUAUAGAUGCCUUCUGCGUACCCUUGCAUGUCGAGAUUCGGACAAUUGCAGCGGUCGGGUUGGGCUCGAGGCUGGUUCACGCCGGGCCGCAGAGCCUUCCAGCGCGCCCUCGUGCCGUCGCCAACCGUCCUCGGCUCGAGCAGUGCCGUGCCCCGAGCGGACAGCCAGCCUGGUCCCCCCGCCGCACCGCACGCUCGCUGACUCUCGCUGCCGCCCGCCGGGGCAGCGCUCUGCUUCGCGAUGCUGUCCCGGCGGCCGCGGCGAGGGCCCAGCCCAGCCCGCAGAGAUGCUGGACCUCGCCACGCUCUUCGCCGCCACCGGGCUGCAGGAGGAGCUCGCCGAGGGCCAGAAGAAGCACCCCGUGAUCACCGACGCCGAGGCCAGCACGAGCUUCGUCGAGGAAGCUGCGGAGCAGAUCUCCGCCGCGUUCGAGUCGGUCGAGG